AUGAAGACAAUCAUUCUUGCUAACCUUGCUGCCGUGGCAAUGGCCAGUAUGGUCCCAGUGCAAAAGCGUCAAUCUCUUUUAGGCAAUGUUGCCGGAAGUUUGGGCGCUUUGUUCCCAGGUGAAAAACCCGUUGUUGAACUCGAUUAUGCAAAUUAUCGUGGUGUCACAAAUCCACAAUACAGCACACAAGAUUUCCUUGGAAUGAAAUUCGCAAAAGCAAACAGACUUGAGGAAUCCGAAUUCAUUCCCGCUUCAGAAAAGACUGGCGAAAUCAUUGACGCUGACAGAUACGGCGACGCCUGCCCGCAAGUUCAAGUUGCCGGUAAUCCAGUCAAUUUCGGUACUGCAGAUUUGGCAGAAGGUUUCACAGCAGCUCAACAAAUAGUUGCUCCUCCUGGUUUGGUUCAAGGUCAAUCAGAAGAUUGCUUACACGUAAACGUUCAAGUACCAAAAGGUGUCAAGAAAGGUGAUAAGCUCCCAGUCAUCAUGUGGAUUCAUGGCGGUGGCUAUGAGCUGGGUGCAGCCAAUGCAAUCGGUUCUGAGCUCACUGCUGUUCCAAAUUUGAUCUACCAAGGUGGUAGUUUGGUCAAACGCAGUGUUGAGAUGAACAAACCAAUGGUUUUCGUUUCUGCAAAUCAUCGUUUGAACUUCUUUGGCACUCUUGCAAGUAAGGAAAUGUCUGAUGCAGGUGCCGAUAAUCUCUACCUCAAAGAUCAAAGGCUGUUCAUGAAAUGGGUCAAAAAUUACAUUGCUGAAUUUGGUGGUGAUCCAGACCACGUUGUCGCUUUUGGUGAAAGUGCAGGAGCAAUGUCUUUAGGAUGUCAUUUGAUGAUGAAACCAAGAGAGACUGAAGAUCUCAUUAAAGGUGCUUGGAUGUUCAGCGGUGGCCCAAUGAGUUUGGCAGGACCGGAAAGAGUUCAACGUGUUUAUGAUGACUUUGUACGUGAAUUAGGAUGCGAAGGUCAAGAUACUUUGGCUUGCUUGAAGAAGGCUCCUUAUGAUGAAAUCUACCGUAAAAUUCAACGGACACCAAACUUCUUAGGUUACACUUCCACCGAAGUACCAUGGUACCCUCGCCCAGUUGCCUCAUCCAGCUUGUUCACAGAAUCUCCUCAUUUGGCAUGGUCAAGAGGAGAUAUUGCAGAUAUCCCAAUGGUUAUCGGUGAUAUGAAAGAUGAAGGAACAUUAUUCUCUCAAGUUAAUCAAUUGAACGUCACAACAACAGAAGAUUUCAUUACAUUGUUCCGUGGCAUUUACUGGGGCGAAACGGCAACCGAUGAAAAUUUCCAACGUUUAACCGAACUUUAUCCUGAUGAUAUCACUCGUGGAUCACCUUUCGAUACCGGUGUUGCCAACAGUUUGACGCCGCAAUAUAAACGUAUCGCUGCUUUGACUGGUGAUUCUACUUUUGAGAGACAACGUCGUCUAGCAAACGAAAAAGUCAGUCACAUUCGUAACAUGUGGUCUUACCAAAUCGAAAUCGAUCUUCCACUUCUAUCAAGAAUCCCAGUCGUGGGACCUAUACUCGAGCGUUUCAAGCUUACCAAGGUUCCACAAUUAGGGUCUUUCCAUAUCGCUGAUGUUGUCUUGCAUGCUUUCGGUACUAUUCCUCCUGCUGUUUCAAAGAACAGUCUUCACAUUAUGAGCACUUUGAUCGCUUUCGCUCAUGAUCUUAAUCCAAACACACACGGCAUGAAAGAGAUUCCAAACUGGCCACAAUACAAAUGGGGUCAACCUGCAGCAGGAGAAGAACAACUUUUGCACUUUACCGAAUCCAAAGUUGAUCUGAUCAAUGAUGAUUUCCGUCGUCCUCAAAUGCAAUACUUGAACGAUAACGCUGAAAACUUCCUCUUUUGAUUAAUGCAUACCCUUCUUUCGUCUUCUUUAUAAUUUCUAUUCUUUUGUUUCGCAUGUAUCGGUAUGAACGAAUAAUGCUAUUCAUCUUCCCCAUCUUUCCAUCUUCCCGGACAUCCAUGGAAGGGUUGAUGAUAAUCCAUAAGUCAAUUCGAUGCCGAGCGAACAUGCGUACCUUUGAUUACGCUCAGCACAGCCAGAAGGCAGUGAAAAGGAAAACGGAAAGCGGGAAGACUAAAAAUACUCCACAGCGCAACGCAUGCAAGAUCUCAACGGUUUUAAGUCAACGGUUAAAGUGCA